AUGUGGCGCAAGCGCCGCGGCUCGCUGACCGGCGCCAACGCGCGCGAGUCGCCCAGCGUGGCGUACUCGCACUCGAUCACGGGCACGCCGUCGUCCAUGUCCAUCACCAGCAGCAGCCCGUUCUUCGGCAGCGACCCCAGCGCCAGCGACCGCGCGAUCGUCUUCCGGGUCGAAGUCCCGACGCCCGGGCCGCUGGGGCUCGACCUGCGAGCGCGACACAUCGAGCGGGAUAAACCCCAGCGCGGCGCAGUGGUGAAGGGCUUCCGCCCGCUGCAGGGCGGCAAGGCUGGAUACGUUGAAUCCACGGGCCGCGUCAAGAUCGGGGACAUCCUGCAGAUCAUCCACAAGACGCCGAUCGAUGACAUGCCCUUCGAGCAGAUCGUCAAGCACGCGAUGCAGUUGCAGAAGGAUCCGACUGCGUGGCCGCUGCUGAUGGAGUUCCGCCGCGAGCCGGAGAGGCAAGAGAGCAGCCACUCGACGCAGUCGAAGCCGAGACGCAACAGCUUCUUCCGGUCGUCGAUCUCCAUGUCGAACCCCGUCCAAGACGGGAACUUCAACGAGAAGUUGCAGUACUUCCGGGACUUCUUCGCUACGAGGAUACCGACAGGCGGUGCCGCGCCGAAGGAGAAGGAGAAACCGCCCAGGCCACCCAAGUGGGAGACUGUGGAUGAGAUGUAUCGAGAGCUCAUGUUGAAGCGCGGGGUACCGGAGGACGUUAUGGACGAGUUGAUUCGUAUCGAGUCACUGGAAACGAAGUGGCACGUCGUAUGGUAUGCGCAGCAGAAUGAGAAUGAAGACAACACGAAAUCCAACGCCACGGAGGCCGAAAAGUUUGCGGAAAAUCUGGUCGAGCUGAAAUGGGACAACAAAGGUCUGAAGGAUCUCGAGGCACUUCGUGGCAAGAUUUCUGCCGCGUCGACGGACUGGCUCGAGUCCUUCUUGGGUCACUUUGGUUUGGAUUACCUCACGAUGAAACUUCCCGAUCCGUCGCCAUUCCCCAUUGAGCAUUCCAAGUACGAAAAGGCCACGCGCAUAUGCGAGGUAAUCCUGCGAAUCUUGCGAUCGCUGACCCAUUUUACGGCGGGUGUGGAAGCCAUCACCAACACGCCAGGACUCGUGAAAAGGGUGGCAUUAUGUUUCCACACAGAAAAUGGCGACGUCAAGAAGUACACUCUGCAGCUGCUUGGGAUUGUGUGCUACAACAGCGCGGCGGGACACACCGCAGUUAUCGAAGCGUUUGACCACUACAAGGAGACUAAGGGCGAAAAUAUCCGCUUCAGCUGUCUGCGAGAUGCGCUGAAGUCGACGAGAUACUCGCUUGUGUUCAAGGAAGACGUGCUCAGCUUUGUGAAUAUCAUUGUGAACAAGGCCAUCCGGCUGGAAGACCGACUAGCUAUCCGGUCUGACUUCAUGGCACUCAAAAUGGCUGGCUACUUUGAAGAGAUUCGUGCCAAGUCUCUCGCUGUGCAGCGGACGAAGUACCCGCUUGCUACCUCCGCGUCUGGUUCUACGAUCGAAGAAGGCUCCAAUGGAGCUCCAUCUCCGGUUCCAAACGCUCCAGCGACUCCUUCACCUUUGCCGGCCAAGCAUAUUGCGAGAAAUACUCCCUCGCCAGUUUUGAGCAGUCGGUCCACGGAUUCCCCCGUCACGGGGCGGGGGAUGCCUGGAACUCCUAUCACUAGAUUAGACUCUUUGAAGGCGCUUGGCGGCAGGCGAUCCUCAAUCAGUAGGAGCACGGAAGACCAAAGUGGGGGUCGUCUUUCAGCAAGCAAAAGUGCUCCGCCAUCGCCCAUAGAUCGGGAACCGGCAACACUCUCGCCUGAUGGAAGUAUAGCCCGCUCGUCGCUUCCGCUUGAAAGCAAGGGCGCAGGUGCAAACAAGGGUGCGAGUGCACAGCGAUUUGGAAAUGGUGGCAACAGCAUUAUCAGCAGCUCGGUUACGCAGCUACGAAAUCAAUUGGACAACAUGGAAAAGCAGAUCGACGUGUUCGAGCAGUUCAUGGAGGACGACCGGAAAGACACGAUUUACGAGAACACAGAUCUGGCUUCCGUGGACAGUGUGUACCGCUCCCUAUUUGAUAGCGUGACAAACGAUUCCGAGCUUCAAACGUGCUUCCUGUCGAUCCUGCAACAAUUGCUGUUUAUUCCGGGUGAUCGCGUUAUUGGAAAGGAGAUGUGGGCGCUGUCUGAAAAGGUUAUGAAACAGAUUACUUUGCUCGCUCCAGUGGAAGAAGUGCGGAACUUCGAACUUGGAUAUGAUGAUCGCAAGACGCUGCUGAAAAUGCGCGACCGCUACGCGCAGUUCCUCCAAAAGUGCGCGGAUGAAGACCCCACGUUCCAAUUCCGCAUGGGUCCGAUUAUCCUGAUUGAGAAUAAGGAUCGGGACCAUGACGAUCUCGCGCUAUCGGAUGUGACUGCCGAUGAGACCGACGAAGAGGAUGCACCUUCGACUAUUGCUGCGAACGAGCACCCAGAGCUGAUGAAGUAUUUCAAACUUCUUAAGAUGGGGAUGCCAAUGCCACACGUGCAGCUCAAAAUGAGCAGCGAACUUCAAACGUUUGAUCCGUCGAUUUUAGAGACCCCCGACAAGCUGAUCCAACUGUCAAAGCCUGAAGAAGAGCAGAAGAAGGGUACGCGAGCUGAGGAGCACGAAAAAUACGCCAAGUUUUUCAAGCUGAACAAAAUGGGUAUGCCGCUGCCCCAUAUUCAGUUGAAGAUGUCGGCAGAGGGGCUCGACGGAUCAAUUUUGGAAACCCCUGACUUGCUUCUUGACGAAGACGGCAAUGAAUUGAAAGAUGGUGAUGCUGGCCCUGAGUUUACUGGAAUUCCAGUUAAGGAGCACGAAAAGUUCGUCAAGUUUUUCAAGCUGUUGAAAAUGGGGAUGCCGCUCGAACAUGUUCAGUUGAAGGCAUCAUCGGAGGGGUUGGAUGGGUCUCUGUUGAGCACGCCUGACCAGCUCCUUGAUGAUGAAGGGAAACUUUUUGUGGCUGGACAAUCAGGUCAAGCCCCGCAGGGUAUUCCUGUAAAGGACCACGAGAAGUUCGCGAAGUUCUUCAAAUUGAUGAAGAUGGGAAUGCCGCUCGAACACAUUAAGCUUAAGGCGUCUGCGGAGGGACUAGAUGGCGAAUUGUUGUCAACUCCAGAUGUUCUUCUUAAUGAAGAUGGUAGCAAAUUUGUUGCGGGAACAGGGGCGGCCGCUGUGAAGGGAGUCCCCGUGAAAGAACACGAGAAAUUUGCGAAGUUCUUCAAGCUGAUGAAGAUGGGAAUGCCGCUUGAACAUAUUAAACUGAAGGUAUCUGCUGAAGGGUUAGACGGGGAGUUGCUGUCCACUCCGGAUGUGCUAGUGGAUGAGGACGGAAAGAAGGUGGAGGCGGCCCCAGCUGAGAAACCUAAGGGCACACCAGUGAAGGACCACGAGAAGUUCGCCAAAUUCUUCAAGCUCUUGAAGAUGGGGAUGCCUAUGGAGCAUGUAAAACUGAAAGCUUCGGCGGAAGGCCUUGACGCUGGUCUGUUGGAGACGCCGGACAAGCUGAUCGACGAGGAGGGGAAGGAAGUGGUGGAUGGGGCACCCGCUCCGAAGGGCGUCCCUGUAAAAGAGCACGAGAAGUUUGCGAAGUUUUUCAAGCUGAUGAAAAUGGGAAUGCCGCUUCCCCACAUCAAGCUGAAAGCAGCAUCGGAGGGGCUAGAUGGGGACCUUCUCGAUACCCCUGACAAAUUGGUAGACGAGGACGGAAAAGAAAUUAAGGCGGACGUUGGGAAGACGGUGAAGGCAUCGGAACAUCCAAGCUACGCCAAGUAUUUUAAGUUAUUGAAGAUGGGAAUGCCGCGGCCGCAGUUGGAGCUGAAGAUGAGCGCGGAGUCUUUGGAGCCGAAAGUACUAGACACACCCGAUGAGAUGAUCCCUGAGAACUUGUCCGCUGCGGCACCGAAGGCGACAGCAAAACCUGUUGUAACUGGACCCCCGAAGCCUAAACUUCGAAAUCUUUACUGGGAGGCAGUAAAAAGCGAGGAGACUAGUGGCACAAUCUGGGAAAGCUUUGCAAAGGAAGAGGAGGAACGGAAAGCAAAGCAGUCUGCAGCGCCUGCAGGUCCUCCGAGUGUCGCGGAUUUGUUCGCUGCUAGAUCGAAGGCACAAAAUCCGAAGCCCGAGGCACCGAAGAAGGACGUGGUGCUGGACAAGUUCGUCGACCAGCUAUCGGAUAUCUUUGUGAACAAGCCUGCUAAAGCGAAGGAGUCUGAGACAAAGAAGCCAACCAAGCGACGAGCUCCGACACGAGUUGCGUUGAUUGACGCGAAACGUGCGAACAACAUCGGUAUCAUGUUGGCGCGUUUUCGGUUGCCGUACUAUAAGCUUCGCAACGCUGUGCUGCUAGUCGACAAGGAACUGCUCUCUGUGGAACGGGUGUCAGCUCUUCUUCAGUUCGCUCCAGAGGAUGAAGAGUUGGAUGCUGUACGAGGCUACACUGGCGAUCCAAAGCUCCUGGGGGAUGCUGAACAGUACUUCCGUGAGAUGCUUUGCGUACCGCGGUUAACCACACGGUUGCAAGCCAUCCAUGCAACAUGGCAGUUUGAUGCGUACGUUGAGGAGCAGCGGAAGCUGAUGGAGUCUGUGUCAAAUGCUUGCCGAGAACUGCAAGCGUGUGAACCUCUAAAGGAUAUCUUCCGCGUCGUGCUUUCACUCGGAAACGCUUUAAAUGAUGGCACGUCGCGCGGAGGAGCGAAGGGCUUCCGGUUAAACAUCUUGCUCAAGUUGAACCAAGUGAAGGCAGCCGACAACUCCAUCAACCUGCUGAACUAUGUUGCCAAGGUGCUACGCGCGAAGGACCCAGCCAUCCUUGAGUUUGACAAGAGCCUGCCUUCCAUCGAGAGUGCAAGCCGUGUCACCACGCAAGUGCUUAAGGCUGGUGAAAGUGCCGUGCGCAAAGCUGCGAAUCUGAUCUGCAAUGAGCUGGAGACCCACGCGAAGUUGCCAGAGAAGGAAUACCCGCAGCCUGACCCAGUGCCUGGCUCCGAGGAGGAACCCGAGAAGAUCUCGGACCGCUUCCAGGAGGUCGUGAAGCCUUUCGCUGACCGCGCCAAGAAGACUUCCGAGCAGAUCGCGGAGGACCUCGAGAAGAUGACCAAGUGCUUUGAGGAGACGGCGUCGUUCUACGGCGAGGACCCCUCGAGCCCGGACUGCGGUCCGGACGCGUUCUUCUCGAUCUUCUACUCGUUCGCCAAGGUUCUUCAGUCGGCCGACCGCGACAAUGAGCGCAAGCGCAUCGCCGAGGAGCGGAGGAUUCGUCGCGAGGAGGAGACCAAGAAGCGUCUGGAGCAGCUGAAGCUCAAGAAGAAGAAGAGCGGCUUCGCAGCGCUCAAGACCGGCGACGUGGACGACAUCGUUUCCAAGAUCCGCGCCAAGCGUGUCGAGGAGAAGCGCCGGGAGAUGCUGGCGAAUGGCUCGGCGCCUCCGUCGUCCACAGGGUCGAACCGGGGAUCUAGCAGCCAGCCGCGAAGUAGUGCCAGCAACAGCUCUAUCGCCGCUGCUGCAGCGGCCGCCGCCACCGAAGUGCCCACCCCAGCCAUGGAGGCUGUAUAA